UCCAUAUACAAUUUUUCUUUUCAAGUACCUACAAUGUUUUAAAGAAGAUCGGUGCUCUUAAUGACAUCUUAAAACUUAUACAUUACAUUUAAGUCAUUCAAUCGCGAAUUUUUUUCAGCGAGUUUGUGGUCUUUUUAACACGCUUUUGGUAUGGAUUCUUUGAAUGUCACUUUCACCGACUUUAAAACGUCUCAUUAACUUCAAAAUUUAACGCUUAAAUACCGCUUCAAAGACCGAUGACGAUACAAUAAGUUAUUUUGAAUAACCGGUGCGACGUGAUAGCUCUCAGGGUUAGGCUGUCCACCGGAACGGAGCGAGGCAGCGGAGCAGAGAAAUAUUAACCAAUUAGGCUGCCUGUCCACCGGAGCGGAGCGAGGCAGCGGAGCGGGGAAGCGAGUGUGUGCGCGCACUCGCAGUGUGCCCUCGUAGUCCGACUAGUGCGAAUGUAACCAACGCAAUGAAGACGAUGGAUGAAAAACUUAUUAGAAGUGUGAAAAAGUUUCCGUGCAUUUGGAAGACAACUUCAGAAUAUUACAAAUGCAACGAAACAAAAGAUGCUGCGUGGGACCAAAUAACCAUUGAAACAAACAUAUCGGAUGUUAAAACUGCCAAGUCGCGAUGGAAACAACUGAGAGAUAACCAUCGAGAUGCCUUAAAAAGACAAAAUGCAACAAGGAGCGGACAGGCUAGAAAACAGCGAAAAGAAUGGAAAUAUCAGAAAGCCAUGUCAUUUUUAUUGCCUUACAUGUGUAACAGAGACGGGUCAUCUAACUUUGUGACAUUGGACAACUCAGUAAGCGAAACUUCAAAUCCACCAUAUACCAUUGAUGAGAGUUCAUGCGAAUCAUGCAAUUUGUUGUCAUCAAAUUCAAAUAAUGUUCCUUCUGUCGAUAUCCCUAAUGAUUCAACAACUUCAGAGUCUCUCCCACCCACAUCCAAAAAAAAAAGAAAGAACGAUGAAAUUCUAGAACUUUUAAAAGAAAAUCAAGAACGCCGUGAACUGCUGGAACGAGAACGGAUAGAAGUUAAAAACAUGAUGUUAGCCAAUGAUCAAUACGAUGAAAUAGACUUAUUUUUUAUUAAUUUGGCUGCAUCGACAAAAAAACUGCCGUAUUAUUUACAACUUCAAAUUAAAAGAAAAUGCUUUAAUACAGUAAUGUCAGCUGAAGAAAGUAAUCUUCAACAUAUUUGGCAUUCUCCGAAUAAUAAUGGUUAUUCUACAGACUCAACGCCUACACCAGAUAAUAUCAACACUAGUAUCGAUACUCCUAGUGCUCCAAAUGAUAGCAACACUAGUAUCAAUACUCCUAGCGCUUCAAAAGUUCAAACAACCCAAGAUAUUGAAACAUCUGCCGCAGAGCAAACAGGACCUAAUGAAAAAUGCGGACAACUUUGAGACAUAUUAUGAUUUUUAAAUAUAACAUGGCGUCGUAUGUAUGCAAAAAUAAAAGUUACUUUGAUUUCAAAAUGUGUACUUACUUUAAAUAUACUGCUAACCUUUCACACCUACUGAUAGAAUUUCUGUAAUUUGUGUCUUGUUUCCGAAUAUAUGGUUCAAUCAGGGAGUGAAAUGAAAUCAAGCUCAUGAAAAGUACAUCUUGAAACUCUAUAAGAGUUUUCGAAAAUUUCUUCAUCAGCAGUUUGGAAAAAAGUUAAAUAUUCUGAACGAUGUUUGAUAUGAUUUCUUAACGAAAAUCUAUGUUUCCUUAUAGAAUUGUUCAAUUUGUAUAAUAAUAUGGUAAUUAAUUCAGUUUCUUGUGACUCCAAUUCUUCUUUCUCAAGCAAUGUAAGCUAAUAAUGUAUUAACUUUUUCGAUAACAUGUCUGCUGUCACUGACAUUUCGCGUAGAACUAAACUAAUUGCCCGCCGCCGGGAGCUCGAAUUGACUCGUCGCGUAGGUAGCUCCGCUCCGCAUUACUUACUCGCUCCGUUCCGCAGCCUCGCUCCGUUCCGGUGGACAGAC